AUGAUGAACGGCCGCGAUCGUCCAAGGGGCCCUCCGCCAGGCGAUCUACCACCCCCUCAGAGAGAUCCGCGUCGAGGCGGCGAUGGCCGCAACGGGGGGAUGCCUGCUCCCGGUGACGCCGCUAUGUCGAGGGCCGAGAAGUUCGAAGACGAGAAGAAACGAAUCAUUCAAAGUUGCUUCGCCAGGAAAGACAAUGAUGGGUCAUUGGUUGAAUCCUACAUAACACAUGUUCGCAUCUCGGAAGAUGCUGCCUACCCGUCCACCCCCGCUCCGCCAACUUCCCCCCCGGAGAAUAAGAAGCCACGAGUGAUCAUUGUUGCAGUGAGAAGGUCCGGGCGGGUGCGCAUGCAUAAGGCUAGGGAAAACAACGACGGAACAUUUUCCAUAGGCAAGACGUGGAUGCUUGACGACCUGACGUCAAUUCAAUCGUACAGUGCAUGGUCACCAACAUCCCCGAUGGAACAGCAAUAUAAACAAUGGGCAACGAAUGUGGGAUUUUUGGUUAAUGUCGGAAAGCCUUAUUAUUGGCAUGCGAGGACCUCCAAGGAGAAGGAGUUCUUCAUCGGUAGUCUGGUAAAGAUCUACAGAAAGUAUACCGGAGGCAAAGUGCCGAACCUCAUAGGCUUCGAUGAUCGUGAGCGACAAUUACUUUCCGGAUCAUCGCCUUCGGGAACACCGCCUAUGAGUUCAAACGCAAGAGGCCCCGGUCCUGCGCGCCCUGAGCGCCCUGAGCGCCCUGAGGUGACCAUUCCACCACCGCGUCCGGUUUCACCGCAGGGCGGUCGGCCUCAGUCACCUUACUCAAGUCGCGCACAAAGCCGAGACGGUCCCCGUCGGCUGCCCUCCGAAGAACAGUCUUUACGAGCCCAGAGAAGUCGAGAGCAAAUGACCAGACCUUCUACCGGCAAUUCUGGGAGAAGUGGUCCUUCGCCGUUUGCGCCGUCCCAGCACCCACCGCCGCCACCGUUUCCCGUUGACCAACGGAGCCAGCCACCACCUCGGUCAGCCGACCGUAUGGCCCCUGAGAAUAAAAUGCCAAAGGCCCCUAUGCAUCUACCUCCUGAAUCGGCGAGGGGCAAAGAGAUCCCGGGUAGCUUACUAGCCGCAUCACCUACGGGUCCACGGGAAAGACCCAGCGGAGAUUUCGAGGAAAGCAAAUCAGUCGCUUCUCAGCCAGACUCUCGGCCCCCGUCGUCCCGUGAUCAAAUGCCUUUGCCUGAACCGAGAACCAUGUUUCGCUCGCAUGAUUCGAGCUCAAGCUCCCCGGAUCCCGGACGUAAUAAGGACAGUCUCCGGCCAACCACCCCCAAGACACCCGCUGCUGAAAGCCAGAAAGCCACUCAUAGCCCGGGAAGUCACCGAGGACGUCCCGAGGGACCCCCUAGGCUGCCUCUUCUGGAGACGCAAUCAGAGCCUCGGGAUAACGACGGCUCGGAAUUCUCAUAUGAUUUGCCCCCUGCAGUAGUUGCGGCAGCAGUGCCGCCUGCAUUGAAGCCUGCUUCAUCCGGAGCUAGUAAUAACCCAGCCACGGCUGACCCAGUCGAUGCUGCGACUCCAGAUAACGCUAAAGAACCAGAACCCACCGAACCCACGCCAAGCAAUGUUCCUGUAUCUCCCAUUUCAAGCCCGCCUGAGCCAUCCUCGCCCUCCGGAGAUGGCGCUCUAGAUGCCCAUCGACCCGGUCUUGGCCCUAUGAUCAAGAAGAAGCAAAGCAAGGACGUGGUAGGGGCGCUUCGCAAGCCCGUGACAACCCAGACUCCUUUCAAACCGAGACCAGGAGGCGCUGGUCAGAGGCUAAUGGCGGCGGCAAAGAAGCAAAAAGCCGAAAUGAGCGAGCCCGAUGGAAUCACUGGCGUGGUACCUGCUCCAUUUCUCCGGUCGAAUCAAGAAUCUGAGAAUGCGGCCGCACCCGAGACGCCGGAGCAAGAGACUCCUCCCCCGGUUCCCACAAUGCUGUCACCGACCGCAUCUCCGGCAAAGGAACCACCAACUGUGGAAGUGACCCAGCCCGUCGCAGAUGAGUCCCCUGCUGUGCCGGUGUUGGAAAUUCCGGAAGAACCCAGAGACACCUCCAGAGCUGCUGUUAAGGUGGAUGUUGAUGAACGGGCCAGGUCGGUGUCUCCUUCACCCCACGAUCGCCGUCGCAGACGCCACGAAGACAACACUAUCAAAUAUUGCCAAGCACUUGGCAUUGAGGCCAGUGUCCUUGACGGUCGUGGGGUCGAUUUCGAUGAUAUCUUGACCGACCUCGGUUGGAACGGGCGCUUGAACGAUGAGAAGAAGAUUGAGGAUCUCGAGGCGGAUAUCCGUCGUGAAAUCGGACGCGUAGAGGCUACCAGCUGGCUUGGUAACCUUGAACAGCAGGAGGGUAAGGUUGACCAGCUUGCUAGAUUGAUUGACAGGACUGUUGAAGAGUGUGAAGAGCUGGACAAUCUUCUUACUCUGUAUUCGCACGAACUCAACACCCUUCACGACGAUGUGGCAUACAUAGAGACGCAAUCUCAGGGAUUGCAGGUGCAAACCGCUAACCAGAAACUUCUCCACAAUGAGUUGCAAAAUCUAUUGAAGACCUUGUCCAUCUCUUCGACCGAUCUGCGGUCAUUGAAGGAGGCGUCUCUCAGCAACCCAGACGGAUUGAGAGACACCGAGAUCGCGUUAUCCACGUUGUACAAAGCCAUGCUUAUGAUUGAUUCCAACAUCUGGCAAAAUAAGAGGCGUCUCGUUGACAGCGCAGGCGAGGGCAGUGUGGGUGUGUAUGCCGACACAGAAAUUGGACAGAUGCGUGCGAUCAAAGAAAAGAAAGAAGAAUACCGUUUCCAGUCGCACACCUUUAUGCAAAGGCUCAAGCAAUUCAUGGCCAUUGCCUACAAGGUGGCUGAACAGAAGAGGGUUGACGCUGCAGCGAAUACCUCUAAGGAUCCUCGGAUGCUCGACAGCGAGGCCAGAAACUAUUUCCGAAGGGAGCUAUGGCCGUAUAGCGCUUUAAUGCUUUUUACAAGAGAAAUCAGCGGGUCGGAAUGGCACGCUCUUAUCUCCCUAUAUGAGCAGCAGGCGAGACUCCCGUACCAGAACGAAUUCAGGGACAAUAGCCUGGCAUGGAAACGGGCGGCGAGAAAGCCCACCGGGGAGGAACAGGAGCUCCUGUUUACUCAUCAAGAAAAGGAGAAGGAGAAUGAGGGUAUCACAAUGGCAGCCCGCAAACUGACCGUCAGGAGGGGCAAAACCACGAAGGCCGCGCCGGGUGCGCGACUCUCAUAUGGCGAUAAGCAACACGGCAGGCUUGAACCUUGCGAGGUUUUCGGUGGUACGCUGCAUGAGACUCUGAAAAUGAUUUCGGAGGAGCAAAACUUUAUUCUUCACUACUUCCACUUAAGCUCUCUCUCGAGUGUCGACUUCCCUGAUCUGGUUGCGUCUGCGAGUCCCGACAUGCGUCGCCUGCCGGAUUUCAGCGCAAACCAAUCGCACGAUCCCGAUCGAGGAAUGGCAAAGAAGGUCGAACAGAUCAUGGACGAGCUUUUUGCAUUCUGGCCAACUGAUAUGCAAAACCUGGUGGAUUGGGCUCUUCAUGCCGAUCCUUUACAGGGAAUUGGCAUCUUGUUCGCUCUGGAGAGAGCUAUAUCGAGAUUUGACGAGACCAAUCAAGACUUUAUCAUCCAUUCUCUUCAGAAACUACACUCCCGCCUGAUCGGUCUAUUCAACCGUUUUGUGGAUGAGCAGAUUCGGGGCAUCGAAGACACCAAGGUCAAGAUAAAUAAGCGGAAGGGAGUCAUUUCGUUUAUGCGCGUCUUUCCCCAUUUCUCGGUGGCCGUGGAGAACAUGCUCUCCCAACCGACACCGGAGCUCUGCGAUGUCCGAAUCAGUGUCAACGAGGCCUACAAUCGGAUCAACCAGGCUAUGUGGGAGUCACUGAAGUUCAUCGCCAAGGAGGCACCUGGGCAACCUACCGGAGCCACCGCCGCGUCAGGCGACCCGGAGGAUAAAGAGAUUCUCAAUUAUCACAUCCUUCUGAUCGAAAACAUGAACCACUACAUCGAGGAGGUGGAUGUCCGAGGGCUCACCGUGCUAGAAAAAUGGCGCGACCGGGCGUAUCAAGAUUUCCAGGAACACAUGAAGCUUUACCUGGACUCAGUCAUCCACCGACCCUUGGGCAAGCUGCUGGAGUUUGUGGAGUCUGCAGAAGGGUUAAUGGCGGCGAGCAGUGACCGAACGGGCAUUGCCAGCCGUCCCAGCCACUCCCGGUCGGUGGCAAAGAAGGUGCUGGGGACGUACGAUAUCAAGGAGGUUCGGCGAGGGAUUGAAUUGCUUAAGAAACGAGUCGAGAAGCACUUUGGAGAUGCCGACGAUCCCGGACUCAGCCGAAGCCUGGUGCUGAAGGUGAUCCGGGCAUGCGAGGGCCGCUACCAGGAGGCGCACGACCGCACUCGACGGGUUCUCACUGCGGUGUACGAGGGACAGUUGGACCUGGAAUGGAACAAGGAGGACGUGAUGACGAUGUUUAGGAAGUAG